GCUGAGUGGGACGCAGACAACCGCUGCUCACACAGGGAAAGUCUCCCUGCCUCCCGUUUUCCGCUUGCUGCUAGUGCCCGAGCUCGCCAGCAUGUCUGUGGUGCCGCCCAAUCGCUCGCAGACCGGCUGGCCCCGGGGAGUCACCCAGUUCGGCAACAAGUACAUUCAGCAGACCAAGCCCCUCACCCUGGAGCGCACCAUCAACCUGUACCCUCUUACCAAUUACACUUUUGGUACAAAAGAGCCUCUCUAUGAGAAGGACAGCUCUGUUGCAGCCAGAUUUCAGCGCAUGAGGGAGGAAUUUGAUAAAAUUGGCAUGAGGAGGACUGUAGAAGGUGUUUUGAUUGUCCAUGAGCACCGGCUACCCCAUGUGUUACUGCUACAGCUGGGAACAACGUUCUUCAAAUUACCUGGUGGUGAGCUUAAUCCAGGAGAAGAUGAAGUUGAAGGACUAAAACGCUUAAUGACAGAGGGCACAGAAAGUGCAAGUAGCUUCCUUGAUGUUUUACAGCUAGUGUGUGGUGAAGCUGGAGAUUUGAAUGCAG